AUGGGCAUGAGUGAUGACGUACCGGUGUAUGCGGCUACCGCCGCCUUCCCGUUAAUCUGGUUCAUCUUGUCGAUGCCAGUUUUCCAGAUGGGCCUUCGCGUGAUGAUGAUCUACCAGGAGAACGUCAUCCACGGCUUUUUAACCGCCGUCGAGUGGCAGCUGGCCGAAUGGGAUGGGUAUUAUGAUGAUACGUCUUGCAACACCUCACUAGAAACACCCAACGAAUACUGGAAGGAAGUUAAGCCCCCAGCCUCAGAGAGCAGCGGCUUCCACUCGGGCCAAGACGACGCCUACGCCGGGCAGUUUGGCCGAGUUCGGCUGAGGAAGGGCACGAUGGAAAGGUCCGGCGGAUUCGGGCAGGUCUACAUAUUAGAAAAAUAUUAUCCCCCGAUCGUCGUCAAAGAACUUCCUGGCCGAAACGAAAACGAUGACGUGUAUAAAAGAGAGUGGACCGUGCUGAAGGAAUUGGCACAUGUCCAUGUUGUCUUAUUUGUCGACAUUCCACCAGACUAUAGCGACUAUACGGCAGGAUGUGCCCGGAUUUUUAUGGAAUACUGCCAAUAUGGGACACUCGAAGAAGCCAUUCCAAACCCGGAAUGGAUCUACUCGGUAUCGACGAUUGUCGAGUGGGCCAAAGCUCUAUUUUCUGGACUCGUGUACCUGCAUGGAAAGGUGUCAUUCACCAGGAUAUCAAGCCCGCCAACCUAUUGCUGGCGGACAACUUUCUGC